AUGCGUUCCAAAAAGUCAUCCGUCAAACCUUCUCUAUAUCCCGCCAUCCCAUUUCAUAUCAUUCGCAUCUUCGUCCUUCUCUCCACUAUCAUUGUCGGCAUCAUCCUCGCCCUCUUUAUUUACCACCUACACCAACAGAACUACAGACUACCAUGGGCAUACCUAGUCCUCAUCAUCGCCGUCGUCCUCUCACUCAUAAACUUCACCCUAACAACCCUCAUCCACUGCUGCUGCGGCCUCUCCCCGCGCCUGAACCUAACGUCCAACACAAUCCUGCUCCUCAUCUGGAUCGCCGCCCUGGGCGUCCUUUGCUGGAGCAUGUCCCACACUAUCCUGACAACCUGCACAGAGACAUACUGGGGCAAUUCAACAGGAAUAACAGUGUGCCGCAUUUACAAGGCGUUUUUCUCCUUCACCGUCGCGGCGGUCGCCUCCCUCAUCGCGGCCAUCACGCUCGAUAUCAUCGUGCGCAAGCGCCAGACUAGACUCGGGAGCUACGAUCCCAUGACUAGUAACCCGAUGAUGGUUGGUGGGGAUGUGAAGUUGGAGGACAGGAAUAGUGAGAGUUUGAUGACAGCGGAUGAUCCGACUGCUGGGGCGAGGUAUUAUCAUGAUGUUCCCGAUCCGCGCGCGGCUGGGGGUCUUGGUGGUGGGCUUGGUCAUGGUCCUGGUCCUAGGAGGCUUGAUAGUGUGGCGUACUCGGGGACUGGAUCGAGUGUAUCUGGGAAUGGACAUCUAGAGCAGUAUCAUGCCGGGGAGGCGCAGAAUUAUUCGGACAAUGCGCCGGCGAGAGGUGUUUGGGGGGCGCCCAGGGUGAGGUUUAGUGCUGUUGGGUCCGGGUAUGCACAGCCUCCGGAACAGACGAGUUAUGAUCCUGGUGCAUAUAGGUGA